UUCCUCCCCUCCGCCCUGUCACUCUAGCCCGGCCGCCGCUGCCCCUCCCCAUCUCUAUGGGCCGCGGAGGGGGGAAGGUUGCGAGCGGGGCGGUGGAGUCAACGAGGAGCCGGUUGCUCGUUGAGGCGAGAAAGGGCGGGAGGUUUCAGCAGGCCGCGGGGCUCUCCGCCUUCCCCCGCCACCCCCCUUCGCCCUGAUGUGAGCGGGGCCCCCGGCUUGUGAGGGCCCAGCGGGAGAGAGAGAGAGGAGCGGGGCGAUGAAGAAGGACGUGAGGAUCCUGCUGGUGGGAGAACCCAGAGUUGGGAAGACAUCACUUAUUAUGUCUCUUGUCAGUGAAGAAUUUCCCGAAGAGGUUCCUCCCCGAGCAGAAGAAAUCACCAUUCCAGCUGAUGUUACUCCAGAGAGAGUGCCAACCCAUAUAGUGGAUUAUUCAGAAUCCGAACAAAGUGACGAACAGCUCCAUAAUGAAAUAUCGCAAGCGAAUGUAAUUUGCAUAGUAUAUGCAGUUAACAACAAAAAUUCAAUUGAAAAGGUAACAAGUCGGUGGAUUCCUCUCAUUAAUGAAAGAACAGACAAAGACAGCAGGCUGCCUCUUAUACUAGUUGGGAACAAAUCAGAUCUGGUUGAAUACAGUAGUAUGGAGACGAUCCUUCCCAUCAUGAACCAAUAUACAGAGAUAGAAACUUGCGUAGAGUGCUCAGCCAAGAACUUGAAGAACAUAUCCGAACUAUUUUAUUAUGCGCAGAAAGCUGUUCUACAUCCUACAGGACCCCUCUAUUGUCCAGAGGAAAAAGAGAUGAAGCCUGCCUGUAUAAAAGCACUAACUCGGAUCUUCAGGAUUUCCGAUCAGGAUAACGAUGGCACCCUUAAUGAUGCAGAACUCAACUUCUUUCAGCGAAUUUGUUUUAACACACCAUUGGCACCUCAAGCACUGGAAGACGUAAAAAAUGUAGUCCGGAAAAAUCUAAGCGAUGGCGUUGCAGAUAAUGGAUUAACAUUAAAGGGUUUCCUUUUUCUACACACACUAUUUAUUCAGCGAGGGAGACAUGAAACAACCUGGACAGUAUUGCGGCGUUUUGGAUAUGAUGAUGACCUCGAGCUGACACCAGAGUAUUUAUUUCCUUUAUUAAAAAUACCUACGGACUGCACAACAGAGUUGAAUCACCAUGCGUAUUUGUUCCUCCAAAGCAUUUUUGAUAAGCAUGAUUUGGACCGAGAUUGUGCUUUGUCUCCUGAUGAACUCAAAGAUUUGUUCAAAAUUUUCCCUUAUAUGCCAUGGGGACCAGAUGUCAACAGCACCGUUUGUACAAACGAAAGGGGAUGGAUAACAUAUCAGGGAUUUCUCUCUCAGUGGACAUUAACUACAUAUUUGGAUGUACAGCGCUGCCUGGAAUAUUUGGGCUACUUAGGAUAUUCAAUAUUGACUGAACAGGAAUCCCAGGCAUCAGCAAUUACAGUAACUAGAGAUAAAAAGAUUGACCUGCAGAAAAAACAGACUCAGAGGAAUGUGUUCAGGUGCAAUCUAAUUGGGUUGAAAGGCUCUGGAAAAAGUGGAGUCCUCCAGGCACUGCUUGGAAGAAACCUAAUGAGAAAGAAGCAUAUACGUCCAGAGCACAAAUCUUAUUAUGCAAUCAAUACAGUCUAUGUGUAUGGACAAGAAAAAUACUUACUGUUGCAUAAUAUUUGUGAAUCUGACUUCCUAUGUGAGUCUGAAAUCAUGUGUGAUGCUGUGUGCCUAGUGUAUGAUGUCAGCAACCCCAAAUCCUUUGAAUACUGUGCCAGGAUUUUUAAGCAACACUUCAUGGACAGCAGGAUACCUUGCUUAGUGAUAGCUGCCAAGUCAGACCUUCAUGAAGUUAGGCAAGAGUACAGCAUUUCCCCGGCCGACUUCUGCAAAAAACACAAAAUGCCUCCACCACAAGCCUUUUCUUGUAACACGGUUGAUGCGCCGAGUAAGGACAUCUUUGUUAAGUUGACAACGAUGGCCAUGUAUCCGUUAAGAGCCGCUGUAGCUGAAUUGGGUGCCAUGCUGUUAUCAGAUGAGGAGAGCAGUAUUGUUCACCAGGUGCACGCCGUCCGCUCUGUAGAGGAUUCCAUCUUCAUGGAGUCAUCCCUUGAUCCUCAGUUACUUGAAGACAGGCAUGUGACGCAAGCAGACCUCAAGAGCUCCACCUUUUGGCUUCGAGCGAGUUUUGGUGCUACAGUCUUUGCCGUUUUGGGCUUUGCCAUGUACAGAGCAUUACUAAAGCAGCGGUGAUCUGGAAGAAAAGCACGUUUCUCGCAGGGGAGGGGCCUACCAAAAGGGAAAGAAAAAGAAACUUUUAUGUACAUUCUAAAUCCGCUAGAAAUAUUUAUAUAUGCGAGUUACUUUAUUACUUGUAAUUCAUGAAUAAGAUUAUUUUAAAUGAUAGCUCUAAACUUGCAGUAUUGCAAUGGUUGUGGAAGAUGUUUUUUGCAUUACAGUGGCUAACUGAAAAUGGCUACAUUUUGUUAAGGCCCAAAGGGAAUUAUUGUAAAUAUAACUUGUACAUAUUAAGGCGGCGAGGCGUAAUGUCCCCCAAAGUUAUUAUAAUUGGCAUUAAUUGAUGUUUCAAAUGGAGUGAGCGAGAGUGUAAUUAGAAUUUGUUUUAAGCAAUGUAGGUUCAAGUCCAGGAUCACCAUUUAUUUAUUUAUUUCACAGGUGUAUGACGUUCUCUCUUUGGGCUCACAGUGCUUGUGGGGAGGGCUGAUUUCCCUCCUCGUUCAGUAACUGAACUGCUCCUUUACCCCACAGAUCUUAUUUCACAAGUGUUUCAUUCCCACUGCAGCUUUAAUUGGACUUGGAUUGAUUAUUUUUUACAUCCUAGGUUAAGCAGCAAAAUGUGCCGCAGGUCAAGGAUCCCGGCUUGGGGGGGGGGGCGCAGAGAAGGAGAGCUGGGCAUUCCCUCCGAUAGAAGAGCAGCCAGCAUCAUCCGUGUAUUUGUCAGAAUCUUGACUCCUGUGUGCCAUUCCGCAACUCUCUUGUUUCCCACUCCAUUGUGUUUUGCAGACUUUUCAAGGGGGGGGAGGCGCGCAAUCAAUUUGUAUAUUACAACUGUUUAUAAUUCACCAAAAGUGUUUUGUUUCAUCCUCACUUCCGCAAGCCAUUCUCCCAAAAGCCGGGUGUAUGGGGUAGAGCCUAAAUAUUACACAGUGCUUUACUCUCUACUUGGUAGAUUAGUUGCAUGGUUUGCACUGCAUCCUAUACUUCGCUGGAAUUACCUGUAGGUGGCAUUUUUGAACAAAAAAGAAGGUCAGGAAACCCGAUAAGCGGAAAUUCCUCACUGUCCAACCUAUUUUUCUCCCCAUCACUGGCCUUUUCAAGUAUUUCAAUAAAUAACUCUACUGUGCUGUG